GGUCAGUAGUGUCUGUUUCGUGAUGUCAGUCUGCUCGAGGUGGUACUAACCAUACAAAGAAUUUUUACUUGUCGGUAUGAAUUUUAUACGCAUAUAUUACAUUUGUUGUAAUUGGACGGAUUUAUCAACAAUUAUUGUAUACGUACACACGGCAGUUCAUAUAGUGUUACUAUUCUAACACGUAUAUUCCUUAACUAGAAUUUUUUAAAUGUUAUAGAAAAGUGAAUUACAGUGUUUCCUUUUUUGAAUAUAUACUUCUUUCAUACAAGAUCGAAGAUCGGGAAAAAAUCAAAAUAUUAAUACGAUUAGUAAUCAAAUUAUUUGCUGAUAAUUACCGAUAUAAAAAGAAAUUGUUUCGAAGUCUUUUAUCGUAAAAUGGAUUUAGAAGAAGAAGCAUUACAGAUGCAUUUAUUACGUGAAUACAGUCAACCUGUUGCAGGAAUACAAAUACUGUACAAACUUUUAAUGGAAAGUUUACGAGUAAACGAUUUAAGGAGCUUUAAAAAUCUUCUUGGGCAAACUUCGAAAAAGCAACAAUCAAUCGUCAACGUGAAUUAUGUUUAUCCAAAUCGUUCAGAAGAAACUUUAUUAGAUGUUGCAUGUAAAAGUGGGCGAACAGAAUUCGUUGAAUUAUUAUUAGAAAACGGUGCAAAUCCAAAUAGAGUCAACGAGGCUCAUAAUCGUUCCCCUAUUCAUUUCGCCGUUGAAAAUGGACACGUAACUACGUUGAAAGUACUAUUAAGUAACCGUAUGAUCAAUCCAAAUAUAGAAGCUGCUCAACAAACGGCACUUCAUAUAGCUGUUAAAAAAAAUCAUUUAGAAUGUGCCGAAUUACUUCUUGAGCAUGGUGCAAGUCCGAACAUCCCUAAUAACAAAGGUCUUACAGCCCUUCAUUUGGCUGCUAUGAAAGGUCAAAUGGAUAUGGUCAAUAUUAUACAACAAAAGAGCAAACAAUCUCUUGAUUUGGAUAGUUAUAAAGAUUACAAUGGUCAAACGACUCGUGAAGUUUUGAAGAAAAAAUUACCUAACGUGAUAUUGCCACCGGCAAGAACAAGAGAUCUUUCGGUUCACAAUCUUCGAUAUUUUCUCAAUGCAAAUGAUGAAAUCAAUUUCUUAAGAUGUUUAGAAAAAUUUAAUAACGAUUCUUUAAUUAAUGAUAUCAAUGAUCUAUUAGAAAUGGCAGUCGAACAUAAUUUUUAUAAAAUCGUUAAAGAAUUACUUGAUAGAACGCAUGGAAAUACACGUGACUUAUCGAAAGCAGCUAUUAUAGCCGUACAACAAGCUAAUUGCGAUAUUCUACGUGAAUUACUAAAACACGAUAGUGAACUUGCUAAUGAACUUAUUAUCGAUGCUUGCUUAGAACUUGGAAUGCCUGAGAAACAGCGAUCGGACGUGACUGACCGUCUAAAAUGUUUGAAAUUGAUUCUUGAUCAAGAUAACGUUGAUGUCCGUUGUACGGACAACAAAGGAAAUACACCGUUGCAUUAUGCAGCAAGAGCAGGUUCUCGCGAAGCAGUGAGUUUGUUAUUAGAAAAGGGAAGUUACAUAGGACAUAUGAAUAAAUUCAACGUACCACCGAUCGCUGACAUCCCGUUAAACACUUUGGUCGAAUAUUUUGACGAUUGCCUUCAAACAAGAAAGGAACGUACGAACGAGUAUACUAUCGAAUUUAAUUAUCGAUGUUUAAUGCCGCACGAUACAUCUCAUAUGCGAGAUCGAAAUGCGAAAAAUUCUUACGUUUCUCCAAAAUAUUGCGAGAUGGACACGCUUCGAUAUAUGUCUGAAAAUAGUGCGUUAAAAUACCUUCUAAAACACCCACUUUUAUCCUCGUUUUUGCAUCUUAAAUGGUAUAGGAUACGGCAUCUCUUUUAUCUUAAUUUUGCCUUUUACGUAAUAUUUUACAUAUUACUCAAUACAUACAUUUUACGUAUGACUUAUGGUAUAACAUCUAAUCAGACCGACACAAAAGUAAAUGAAAGCAAUGACAAAGAGUUGAAAUAUAUCGCGUACCCUGGAUGGCAGAGAAAUGAUCUAUUAUGGGUCAUGACAUUCGUGGCUUUAUUUUUUCUUGCCAUCAGAGAGAUCAUACAAUUAGUUUCUUCGCCUUGCUACUAUAUAUCUAGUUUAGAAAAUUGGUUAGAAAUGAUCUUGAUCAUCUUAGGUUCGUGUUUAUUGAAUGGCGCUGGUCCGGAAGUCGGAGCAGUGGCUAUAUUAGUAUCAGCGUGGGAAGUUGUUAUUCUAAUCGGACAAUAUCCAAGAAUGUCCACAGGUAUUCAAAUGUUCAAGACAGUAUCAUGGAACUUCAUGCGUUUUCUAUUUCUUUAUGCUUUUCUUAUCUUAGCCUUUGCACUUGCAUUCUUUACUCUCUUUAAGGACGGUGGUGAUGAGAACUUUCCCGAUCCAGGACACUCACUUUUUAAAACCAUAAUUAUGCUUACCGGAGAGUUCGAUGCCAAUGAUAUACCCUUCAUGUCGCAUCCAGUACUCAGUCGUUUUGUUUUCGUAUUAUUUGUAUUCUUAAUUGCCAUCGUAUUGUUUAAUCUGCUAAAUGGUUUAGCAGUCAGCGAUACAGCCGAUAUUCUUGGAAAAGCCGAACUUAUCGGCUUGAUUUCCAGAAUACGUCUCAUUUCUUAUAUCGAAAAUGUUACUACAGGCACACCUUUUUUAUGUAAAUCAAGAUUUUUAUCUGGUAUAAGUUCAUAUGCGUGUAAUCCAUUAGGUUUCCUCGUAAAAAGAAUUUUUUUGUUUCCUAAUUAUUUAAAGGAUGGAAAACUUGUUGUUAAAUCUCAUGAUAAUUUUGAAGUUUGUUGUCCCGGUAAUUGUUAUGGAAAAUGUUUAUCCCCUAAUGUUUCUAAUAUGGAUUCACCUAUUUUAAGGAUAGAUUCGUAUGUCGUUAAAAAAGCUAAAGAGAUUUUAUUGCGUAAGAAACAGAUAUCGGAAAAUGAAAAAGUAUUUGCUGUGUUAGAACAAAUGGCAGAAAAAUUGGCUACAAUCGAAUCAACCUUAAAUACAGUUAAAUGUGCAAUCGAUAAUAAUAAUCUUAAUAUGGAAAUACAAGAUCCAGUUCAAGAGUCUAUGUAAUAUUAAAAUUUGAUUGUUGAUACGAAUGUAAAUUAUAACACAGUUAAAUUAUAUUUCUUUAUAAUAUUUUUAGAAAUGUGCCAUUUAAAUAUUGAUGACAUCGCCGUUAACAAUGAAAUAUAUAUAUA